CCCCUUUAAAUAUAUGUCUAGUACACAUGUUCUUGAUUAUAAAGUUCCAGUUUUUAGUUAACUUUGCAUUUUUUUUUUUUAAGUAUGGAUUAUUAUUAUUAUGCCACUCCUCUGGCUCUCUUGCUUGCCUGGACUUUGGUCCAAGGCUUCAAUUUAAUACUAUCAUUAAGAACAAAUAGGAGGAGGAGAAAGCUUCCUCCAGGACCCUUGCCAUUACCCGUAAUCGGAAACCUUCACUUGCUAGGCAAUCAACCCCAUAGAUCCCUUGCAAAACUUGCCGAUUUUCAUGGCCCAAUUAUGCGUCUGAAGCUGGGACAAACAACCGCUGUGGUCAUUUCUUCUUCAGACAUGGCCAAACAAGUGCUCCAAAAGCAGGUCUCAGCCUUCUCUAGCAGGUCAAUUCCUGAUUUAGUCCAAGUUGACAAUUUUCACCUGUUCUCCGUAGCUUGGCUUCCCGCAUCCCGGCCUCAAUGGAGAAAUCUCCGCAAAAUCUUGAAUUCCCGCAUCUUCUCCGUCAAUAACCUUGAUGCCAGCCAGCACCUUAGGUUCAAGAAGAUCCAAGAACUUGUAGUUUACUGUCAAAGGAGUAGCGAAAUGGGCGAGGCGGUUGAUAUUGGGGGUGCAAUUUUCAGGACCAUGUUGAAUUUACUUUCCAACACCCUCUUCUCAAAAGACUUGGUGGAUCCAUAUGAAAAUUCGGGUAAAGAAUUUAUGGAAAUGGUGGAGGGAAUAAUGUUGGAGUUGGGUAAACCAAACUUGGUAGAUUACUUUCCGGUGCUAAAAAUAAUAGAUCCUUUAGGGCUGAGGCGAUAUAAUUCUCUUUUCGGGAAACUACUAAAGCUAUUUCAUGGAUUGAUAAAUGAGAGACUGGAGCUAAGGAAGUCCCAAAAUGUUCAAAAAACUGAUGUUUUAGAAGCCUUAAUCACAGCCAGUGAACAUGAUCCCCAAGAGAUUGAUCGCAUGCAUAUAGCAACAAUAUGUUUGGACUUAUUUGUUGCCGGAACUGACACAAGUUCGAACGUAAUGGAGUGGGCUAUGGCUGGGCUUCUUAAAGCUCCAGAGAUUAUGAAGAAAGCUCAAGACGAGCUCUCAGAAGUCAUCGGAGAAGGGAAGGCAAUAGAGGAAGAUGACGUAGUCCGACUCCCUUACUUGCAGUGCAUUAUUAAAGAAACUUACAGGCUGCACCCUCCAGCUCCUUUUUUGGUUCCCCGAGAAGCAGGGCAAGAUGUUGAGGUAUGUGGCUACACUGUCCCUAAAGGUUCAAAACUGAUGGUUAAUGCGUGGGUAAUUGGUCGGGACUCAACCCUUUGGGAAGACUCUUUGGUGUUUAAUCCUGAUAGGUUUAAGGAUUCAAAAUUGGAUGUGCGAGGUCAAGAUUUUGAGUUAAUUCCAUUUGGUGCUGGUCGAAGGAUUUGCCCUGGUUUGCCUUUGGCAAUAAGGAUGGUUCCAGUUAUGCUUGGCACACUGUUGAAUACAUUUAACUGGAAAAUUGAGGGUGAUAUUGCUCCAAAAGACUUGGACAUGCAGGAGAAAUUCGGCCUCACCUUGGCCAGACUUCAUCCUCUCCGAGCUGUUCCACUUCCCCUCUGAAAUCCAAAAUUAGAUGGUUUCCUAGAAAAGCCAAUGGAUGAUGAACGUUGUUACUAAUAUUUCAUUUCCAAGAAAAUGAAAAAGAAAUAAAGAAUUUAGCACUCAUAUAAGCACAAAUUAUGUAAUAUUGCAGCUACGGAAAGUUUCUUCCCAGUAAAGAGAUCGGGAAACAGAUGCAUCGGAUUUUACUUGAAGUUCAAAACAUACAAGGCAAUUUGAACAUGUAAUUCUUACCUUUCAUAAUUACCUCAUGUUUAAUUAUAGUUGAAACAAUUACCUCU